ACAUCAGUUUUAGCUGCCAUAUUGUUGUGUCACGUGAUGAGGGAGUAGCGAGGUGAAUGCGCCGGGUCGAAUUCGUGACGAAGAGUUAAAAAUUUGGACAUCACCGUCUACUACGAAACCAAUUACAAGAUGGAUGUACGAAAAGUGACAGAAUUAUUACGAGCCACAAUUGACCCAAUGCAACAAAAGCAAGCUGAAGAGCAGCUAAAUCAGAUUCAAAAAAUUAUUGGUUUUGCACCAACAUUACUUCAAGUACUAAUGACUGCAGAGGAAAUGACUGUAAGACAAGCUGGUGUUAUAUAUUUGAAGAAUUUAAUUGCAACAAAUUGGGCUGACAAAGAAGAUGAAAAUGGGUCAGUCAAGUUUACUAUUCAUGAACAAGAUCGUGCAAUGAUCCGUGAUGCAAUUGUUGAUGCUCUUGUACAUGCACCAGAACUUAUUAGAGUACAAUUGGGUGUUUGUGUUAGUAGUAUAGUUAAACAUGACUUUCCUGGAAGAUGGACGCAAAUAGUGGACAAGAUCACAAUAUAUUUACAAAAUUCAGAUGCUUCUUGCUGGCCAGGUGUUCUCCUUGCACUCCAUCAACUUGUCAAAAAUUUUGAAUAUAAGAAGGCAGAAGACAGAGGACCAUUAAAUGAAGCAAUGAAUCUCUUGUUUCCUAUGAUUUAUCAAUUGAUAUUACGACUUUUACCAGAUCCUUCAGAACAAUCAGUAUUGCUGCAAAAGCAGAUAUUAAAAAUAUUUUUCACCCUUACACAGUAUACACUUCCUUUAGAUUUGAUUUCAAAAGAAGUUUUUUCACAAUGGAUGGAUGUGGUACGACAAGUAGCUGAUAGACCUGUUCCACCUGAAACCAACAAUCCAGAUUUGGAUAAUGACGAACGAGCUGAAUUGCCAUGGUGGAAAUGUAAGAAGUGGGCUCUUCAUAUUUUACGCAGAAUGUUUGAAAGAUAUGGAAGUCCAGGAAAUGUAACUCAUGAGUACAAGGAGUUUUCUGGGUGGUAUUUAAGAACUUUUAGUGCAGGGAUACUUGAAGUCCUUUUGAAAAUUUUGGACCAAUAUCGAAGAAAGAUAUAUGUAUCACCUAGAGUGAUUCAACAAUCAAUUAAUUAUAUUAAUCAAGGAGUAAGCCACGCAUAUUCAUGGAAGUUUUUGAAACCACACAUGUUUGAGAUAAUUCGUGAUGUACUCUUUCCAAUACUCUCAUAUUCUGCAGCAGAUGAUGAACUUUGGAAUAAUAAUCCACAUGAAUAUAUUAGGGUCAAAUUUGACAUUUUUGAAGACUUUGUGUCUCCAGUAACUGCAGCACAGACCUUAUUAUAUUCUGCGUGUAAAAAACGCAAAGAUAUGCUCCAGGAAACUAUACAAUUUUGUGUGGAAGUACUAACUAGUCCAAAUGCAGACCCUAGACAAAAGGAUGGCGCAUUGCAUAUGAUUGGGAGCUUAGCGGAUGUAUUAUUAAAGAAGAAAAUUUAUAAAGAACAAAUGGAUAAGAUGUUACUACAAUAUGUUCUUCCAGAAUUUAGUAGUCCUCAUGGACAUAUGCGAGCGAGAGCAUGUUGGGUAUUGCAUUAUUUCUCCGAAAUAAAAUUUAAGCAAGAACAAAUAUUAGUUGAGGCUGUUCGAUUGACGACGAACGUUCUUCUGACGGACCAAGAUCUACCUGUUAAGGUAGAAGCUGCUAUUGCUUUGCAAAUGCUUCUUUCUGCUCAAGAGAAAGCAAAAAAAUAUGUAAAACCUCUAAUUAAGCCUAUAACCCUUGAAUUAUUAGCUAUUGUACGAGAAACAGAAAAUGAUGAUUUAGCAACUGUUAUUCAAAAAGUUGUUUAUAUAUAUCCAGACCAACUUAUGCCAAUCGCAGUUGAGAUAUGUCAACAUCUUGCUGCAACUUUCAGCCAAGUGCUCGAAACAGAUGAAGGCAGUGACGAAAAAGCUAUUACUGCCAUGGGAUUAUUAAAUACAAUAGAGUCUUUAUUAAAUGUAAUGGAAAAUCAACCAGAAAUUAUGGCACGAUUGCAACCAACAGUGAUUCAAGUUGUGGCUCAUAUUUUUGGAGAAAGUGUCAUGGAGUUCUAUGAAGAAUCUUUUUCAUUGGUUUAUAAUCUUACGGUAAAAACAAUAUCAGGAGAUAUGUGGAAAGUUUUAGAAAUGAUAUAUCAGUUAUUCCAGAAAGAUGGUUUUGAAUACUUUACUGAUAUGAUGCCUGCUCUUCAUAACUAUAUUACAGUUGAUACUCCAGCAUUCUUAUCAAAUGAAAAUCAUAUAUUGGCUAUGUUUAAUAUGUGCAAAGCUGUAUUAACAGGGGAUGCCGGAGAAGAUCCAGAAUGUCAUGCUGCCAAAUUAUUGGAAGUUAUAAUCUUGCAGUGUAAAGAUCAUAUUGAUCAAUGCAUACCCUCCUUUGUACAAUUGGUACUAGAACGUUUGAUGCGUGAAGUUAAAACAUCUGAGUUAAGAACAAUGUGUUUGCAAGUAGUAAUUGCAGCACUUUAUUAUAACCCAGCACUUUGUCUUGAAACAAUGGAUAGAUUACAAGGAAAUUUUAGACAGUCGACAGAACCAAUUGCUUCACACUUUAUUAAACAAUGGAUUCACGAUACAGAUUGUUUUUUAGGGUUGCAUGACAGAAAGCUCUGUGUUCUUGGAUUGUGUACUUUAAUCAGUAUGGGUCCCGCAAAACCACCAGCAGUGAAUGAAUGCGCCCAGCAAAUCAUCCCAUCUUUGAUUCUACUUUUUGAUGGACUGAAAAGAGCCUAUGCAGCUAAGGCAUCUGACGCUGGUGACGAAGAAAAUGAGGAAGAUGAUACCGAUAUCGAUGAAGAGGUUUUAUCGUCCGACGAAGAUGAAAUCGAUGAUGCUAGUCAAGAAUAUUUAGAAAAGUUGCAGGAAAAGGUGACAAGGUCAUCUACACAACAUGGUUUUAAUGUAUCAGCUUCAAUUCAAGAUGGACAUGGUGAUCACAGAUCAGAUGACGAUGGUGAUGACUCAGAAUAUGAUGCUAAUGAGGAAACUCCACUUGAAUACUAUGUCACGCCUUUAGAUUCAGAUGAUAUGAAUCAAGAUGAGUACAUUGUUUUCAAAGAAGUAAUGCAAAAUAUUGAAAGAACGGAUACAGUUUGGUAUAGAGCAUUGACUGGUCAUUUAACUGCAGAACAGCAAAAGGCAUUACAGGAAAUUAUUCUUUUAGCAGAUCAGCGUAAAGCAGCCCUUGAAAGUAAAAGAAUCGAACAGAGCGGUGGUUACGCCUUUCAUUCACAGACUGUACCUACAUCGUUCAAUUUUGGUGGAACGCUUUUAAGCCGAUAGACACCCGAUCGUUUAUAUUCUUAGCUUAAGUAAGUAAAUAAAUUGUGAAGCAUCCAAGCCGAGUAUCCUUAACAAUGCAGUAUAUGUUCCCACUCCGUUAAAACCGAGUUGCACACGAGUUGAAUUCAACAUGAAAGAAGCUUUCAUUUUUGUUUAUUUCUCCACGUUUUUGACUUUCAUGACUAUAGCUCGGUACAUACAACAAUGGUAGCAUCCUUUCGAGCGUUUGGAAAUCCAUUCCACGAUGGAAUCUGCGGAGAAGCACGCUUCUUCUCAUAACAUAAUAGUAAAACGUAAUUAAUUCUCAUAAUAGAAAAAAAUGCAUCUAGGAUAAAUAAAGAUAGUAAUUUGUAUUUUUUAAUAUGAAAGAUAUUUUUGAUCAUUGUUAUUUCGAUUUCCAGAUUCCAGGGAAUAUGUUCUGAUCUCGAUUUCCAAAUCACUGUGCUUCUUCGCCGAGCUCACGCCAAUCCAUCGUUCAGCGCGAUCGAAUCUUUUUUUUUGUACGAGAAAGAAAAAGAUAUGUAUGAAACUAAAAAUGGAAGGGUGAAAAGAGAGAAAGAGCGCGUGUGUGUAUGUGUGUGUUUGAAAAAGGAAAGCAGACGAAAAAGGAGAAAGUAGUUCGAUCGCUUUUGAAGCGCUCGAAAAAGUGCCUUCAACAUGCUCGACGCGGAUGGGACCUAACUUAAGCAAAGCAAAUUGGAUCGAGGCUCGGACGCUUCUCUAGUUUGUAAGUUUCCUAAACAAUGUACUAGAGUAUAAUAAAUUAAUGCUAAUUAAAAAUGGAGACUUAAAGAA